AUGAGUUCUAGAAGACGCAUGGAAAAAGACGUGAUGGACCUCAUGAUGUCCGACCACGAAGUCAACCUCAUCGAGGACCUGAUGCAGCAGUUUUUUGUCAUUUUCAAGGGCCCCAAGGAUACCCCAUACGCUGGUGGUACAUGGAAGGUCAGGGUGGAGUUGCCUGACCAGUACCCGUUGAAACUGCCUUCCAUCGGCUUCGUCAACCGUAUCUACCAUCCUAACAUCGACGAGUGUUCAGGCUCGGUGUGUCUUGACGUGAUAAACCAGACGUGGUCGCCGAUGUUCGGGCUCUUGAACAUCUUUGAGAACUUCUUGCCCCACUUGUUGCGGUACGCCAACCCCAGCGAUCCGCUCAACCUGGAGGCUUCGAACUUGAUGAACAAGGAUGAGUCCCGUUACACAGACAUGGUGAAAAAGUACAACUCCGAGGAGGAGAACGAAGACGACGAGUUGAGCGAUGUUGGCAGCUUGUCGGACGACGACGACUGA